AUGGGGGUUCGGUCCCUGCACCUGGGACAGUCCCGGUACCGGAUCGGGCCCUUCCUGGGGAUCGGGCCCCGCGGUCCCGGGAUCGGGCCCCUCACGGGGGAUCGGUUAUUGAUCGGGAUCGGGCCCGGUGAGGCCAUGGAUGAGCACGGGGGGGGCAGCCCCUGCUUCGGGAACCCCCAUUUGGGGGGCUCAGAGGGGUCCCAGUUUGAGGGUGACAGCAUGGAGGAGCGCGGGGGGGGCAGCCCCCGCUUCGGGAAGCUCCUUCCGGUGGGGCUCUGGAUCAACUCCCCCAAGAAGCGCUUGGCCAAGAUGAGCAGCCGCUGGCCCAGCGCCGCCUCCGUCCGAUCCACCUCCUCGGACACCGCGAGCCGCGGCAGCGAACCCCCCGACCCGCGGCCCCCCCAGAAACCCAAACCCCCCCGGCACAAGCGCCUCUCCAACCUGUUCCACCGCGGCUGGGCCAGCGAGAAGAAACUGGCGGAGCUCAUCGAGCCCCUCGGCGCCGGGACGGUGACGGGAGGGGGGGGGACACCCCAAAACGUCCCCUCCGCCCCCCCCCAGCCCCCCGGCAUCCUCAAGAUUUUCGGGGGGGACCUUUCCCGGGGGGCGAAUUACAAGAGCGUGUUGGCGACGCCGCGAUCCAGCGCUCGGGAGCUGGUGCUGGAGGCGCUGGAGCGAUACGGGGUGACCCCCGACGGGGACAACGGGACGUGGGACACCUUCGUGCUGUGUGACGUGGUGGGGAGGGCGGGGGGGCCCGGGGGGGGGUGGGUCCCCGAGCACCUGCGGGUUUUGGGGGACGCGGAGCGGCCGCUGGUGCUGCAGGACGUCUGGAAACCCAAAGCGGGGUGCUCGCGGCGCUUCGAGAUCCGGCGGCGGCACGAGGUGGAGCGAGCGGCGGACGGCGAGGAGGUCGUGACCCCCCCCUCCCCGCCGCCUCCAGCGCAACCGUUCCCCGCGCCGCCUCGGGGGGGCCCCCCCCGGCCCCCCAUAAAAACGGGGGCGCCCCCGGCGACCCCCCCGCCCCCCUGCGGCCGCAGCAUCAGCGACGUCAACCUGAGCAUCAAACGGCGCCGUGACCGCAGGAACGUGCUGAGCGUGGCCCCCCCGGCGACCCCCCCCCGGACCCGGAGCACCCCCAAAGCGCCCCCCCCGCCCCCCCCCGACCAGCCGGGGGGGCCCCAGGACGAGGGGGGGGCCCUGGAGCCGCUGGCGCAGUGUCUGAUCCAGCCCCCCCGCCGGCUCCCCUUCUUCCUGCUGCUGCGGGGCUACGGGCCGCAGGACUUUGUCAUCUACGUCAUGACCCGUCCCCAACACGUCUUUGGCCGCCGCCCCCAAAAACCCCCCGAAAACCCCGCCGGACCCCCCGAAAAACCUUCAGGACCCCCCGAAAAACCCGGAGGUGCCCCCGAAAAACCGGGGGGACCCCUCGAAAAACCGGGGGGGCCCCCGUUUGUCAUCGACACCUUCCUGGACGCCCCCGACAUCCUCCCCCGGCACUGCCUGGUGCAGGGGGGGGGCGACGCGGCGGAGCCCGGGGACCCCCCCCCCGCCACCCUGCGCCCUUUUCGGGGGGCACCCGUCACCCACAACGGGGUCCCCCUGUUCCACCGCGCCCCCUGCGCCCCGGGGACAUUUUGGGGCUGGGGGUGGCACUUUUUGUUCCUUUACCAAGACCCCCGGUGUCCCUUCCCCGCUCCCCCCGCUUGGCUGCCCCCUCCGACCCCCUCGCUGGGCCUGGGGGGGGUUUUGGGGUGCGUGGGGUGCGGGUUGCCCCCCCAAAAACGCGAAGCGGCCAUUCGGGAGGCCCUGGAGACCCCCCGGCCCGAAUUGCGGUUCCGGCCCCAGGACCGGGAGGUUUUGCUGCGGGAGAUCGUGCGGCUGCAAGCGGGGGGACACGGGGACCCCGCGGACGCCCCCGCCGACGGAUUUGGGGUGUCCCCCCCCCCCCGGCGAGGAGGAAACGGGGGCGCUGGCCCCCGCCUUCCUGCUGGGGCUGUGUCUGAGCACGCGGGGCGAGCGUUUCCCCCCCAGGAGCUGCCGGGGCUGCUGCAGCGCGUGGCCACCGUCAUCAGGGACAACGUCUGGGUGAGCUGGGGACACUUGGGGACACUUGGGGACAUCGAGGGGGACACGGGGAUCCCCCCCGGACGCCGCCCCCCCCCCGCCGUCCCCGACCCCCCCUCGGUCGCCCGGGACCUUCGGCCGCUGUUCCUGUGGCUGGCGAACGUGACGGAGCUGCUGAACCUGGCGCAGCGCAGCGUGGUGAACAUGGAGAAGGAGAUGGAGGAGCCGUCCCCGGAGGUGACGAGUGACCUGGACACGUGUGACGAGGCCAUGGCCACGCUGGACGAGGUCGUCAUGUCCACCUUCCAGCAGUGCGUCUAUUACCUCACCAAGGCCCUGUACGCGACGCUGCCGGCGCUGCUGGAGUCCAACCCGUUCUCGGGGGCGGGGAGCCCAGCGCCGGGGGGGGGGCCGGACCUGGGGGGGGUCCCCGAGGGGCUGCGCCCCACGCUGGGGCUGUUCCGGGUGACGCUGCGACUGUCCCACGAGUGUCACCUGCACCCGGACCUGGCGUCACAGACCUUCGGCUACCUGUUCUUCUUCUGCAACGCCUCGCUCUUCAACACCCUCAUGGAGAAAGGGGGUGCGGGUCCCUUCUUCCAGUGGUGGAGGGGGGUCCGGAUCCGCACCAACCUGGUGGUGCUGGAGUGGCUGACGGCGCUGGGGCUCGGGGACAUCGCCGCCGAGUUCUUCCGCAAGGUGUCGGCCACGGCCACGCUGCUCUGCACCCCAAAGUCCUGCCUGGCCAAGGCCAGCUGGUCCCGUCUCCGCUCCGAGUACCCGGCGCUGUCCCCAGCUCAGCUGCACCACGUCCUGUGUCACUACCAGCUGGGACAGGGGACAGUGGCCCCGCCCGCCUGGGACCCCCCCCCCGAGGAGCGCGACGAGGCCACCAACGGUGACAUCUUCGAGAGCUUCUCCGAGCACCCCCCGCUGCUGCUGCCCGGCCGGGGGUUCCGGCUGCGCCCCGGGGAGCCGGUGAGCGAGGGGGGGCUCCUGCGGCCCCUCCUGCGCCUGCGCCGCCUCCUGUGGGACCGCGAGCAGGGACAGCCCGGCCCCGACCUUGACCCCCAGGGGACGCCCCAUGGGACCCCGUGACCCCCCUGCGUGGGGACAGCUGGGGGACUCCCCCCGGGGACACCCUGGAACUGGGGGGGGGGGGGGGGGUGUGCAUCUGUGUCCCCCACCCACUGUGACCCUGACCUUGAGGGGACGUCCUGAACUUGGGGACCCCUCCCCCACCCUCUGUGACCCCUGUGACCUCUGGGGGGUUGUGACAACUUGGGGACACCCCCAGGGACCCUCGGCCACUUGCGCCACCUGGACCAGGCUCUUGUGCAUCCCUGUCCCCCACCUAUGACCUUGACCUUGUGAAGACCCUGUGGUGACACUGUGACCCCCACCCCCCCCAAUAAAGGUCACGUGACACAACUGUCA